GAAGCGGUCCCGGAUAUUUAUCAGCAAAAAAUUGUUGUGGCUAUUGCAGAAAUUUAUAAAUCAAACGAUUUGAACUAUUUUUUGACUGAGCAUCUAAAUACAAUUCCAACUUUAAUUCAAGAAUUAGAUAGAUUUAGUGCUAAAGUCCAGGAUGUCUUUCGUGAAUCUGGAGGAUUUGUUUGCCUUGUAAGCUUAUUAGUAGGUCUAGAGGAUGUAUAUAAGCAGUUAAUACAAAAUUCCGUAGAAAAGGAUGUUAAAAUUGACGCAACAAAUGCUGAUUCUCAGAUAGAUCAUACAAAUUGCGACACAGACAUAAUGUCAAUGAAGAUUCAGGCAAUCGAUACAUUAAAAGCUAUAUUCGUUGUAUUUGCAGAAGCUAUGUCUAAUCACGAUUCUAAUCGUCGAUUUUUUAGCAAUUCCAUUGGUUUUAAAUCGGUAGAGGAUGCCAUUUGCCUUACCGAGAUGUUUAAAUUACCUGGAGCCCCUGAAAAUCUUUUUGGAAUACUCUUUGGAUUUGCAAUUGAAAAUGAAUCAGUGGCUGAUGUAUUCAUUGAUAGACAAGAUAUUUCAAAUAACGUUAAUCAAGUCAAAAUAGAAGAAAUGUUUGGAAACUUUACUGAUGAAAUUCACAAUCCAGAUAUUAUUCCCACUAUAAUGAAGUUGCAACUCUGUGUUAAUCGUGAUUCACGGUUAUUUUUGAAAAUUUAUGAAGCUCUAGUCGCUCUUUCCUUUGCAAAUCGAAGAAAUCAAGUCAUGUUAAAUAAGUCUGGUGUGCUUGAAAUUGUUUUACAUCGAUUAUUUCCAGCAUCAAUUCGAUACACUGAAAAAGGAACAAUUAAUGCUAGUAAUCAUACUCAAGAAAAGAAACUUUUAACCAAAUUAGCUCAAAGAUUGAUUGAAAUGGGUGUUACUACAAAGGAGAUCCGUUUCCUAUUUGAACAAUUCGAAAAUGGGAACCAGUGUCCUAAAGCAAUUACAGAUACCGAUGGAACAUUCAUGACUGCUAUGGACAUGGUCUUAUUUGGCGUUCAAAGAAGCAGAUGGCCUCGAUUCAUACAAUUUGAUAUGUGCCAGUUUGGAUAUUCUUGUUUAGAGAUGAAUAGUUUAAGUGAUCGUCCGUUUCCACCUACAAGUGGAGGGUAUACGUUUAUGAGCUGGCUUGAUAUCGAAAACUUUGAUUCAGAAAUGAACCUGACCCUUUUAGGGUUAAGUGAUGAUGAAAAGAAAUGCUACUUGCAAAUUUAUUUCGAAGCACAAACUCAUAAACUUGUUGUUCAGACAUCUCCAAAACAAACGACUCGAUUUGAUAAUUUCGAAUUUAGAACCGGAUAUUGGUAUCAUAUAGCACUCGUACAUCGUCGAUCGCGUUUAGGGCAGUCUUCAUUAAUGUCACUUUAUGUAGAUGGAAGAUUUGUAGAUGAACAAAAGUGCCCUUAUUUAAAUCAAUCAGUGACUAAUCGACCAAUAAAAACAUUUAUUGGAACACCAAAAGAAAUUGCAAAAAAACUAGACAAAGGCAAAACUAAACUCUCAUGGGAUCUAGGCCCUUGCUAUUUUUUUGAAGAUGACCUAGAUGGUGACAUAAUUAGUGUUUAUUGUCAUCUGGGACCUCGGUAUUCUUCCAAUUUUCAAGAUUCUUUAGGUCAAUUUCAGACAUACCAAACUUCCACGCUGCUUAACAUGAGGCUUGAAGCCUUAAGUCGCCAACGCAGUGAUUCUGCUAUUGAACUGGAUAAUCUGCCUAUAGUUAACGCAAUUCGUGGUAAUAAUAGUCAAACUUUGCCUGAAGAAAAAAUUAUUUUUGCAUUCAAUGCAAGUAAUGUUCUUGUCUGUGGCCAAAAUGCAAGCAUAUUGGGUGCUGGUCUUUCUGAAGGCACAUCACAAGCCCUACUUGGCAACGUUAAUACAAAGGUGAUAUUAAAUGCUGCUGUUCCGAAAGUUGAACGUGCCCUGCGAGUGCUACAUGGAUUAGCUUACUUGCAAGGCGAUCCAGUGACUGCUGUUCCUUAUGGGAUGGAUGAUUCUAUUUGGAAGAUAGGAGGCUCUGCU